AUGACAGCUCAUAUUAACUUCUUAAAAAACAGAUAAAUCAUAUAAUAAACAUUAAAAAUAGAAAAUACUUUUGAUUAGUAAUUUUACAACGUGCUUAAUUACGAAGAAAAAAUACAAAAAACCUUCUAAAUGAUGGACUAAGCAGUCCACUAAAAAGUAGAAUUUAUUUCUCUUUUAAAAAAUAAAUAGAUUGAAGUUUUAAAUUUAGUAAAAAAAGCUACUGAAUUAAGAAAAAUUUAGUUAAAAGUUAGAAAUAGCAUAAAUGAGUUAUCAAUUAUUAAUAGCUCAAAUAAAGAUUUAGUUUCUUUGUAGAUCUGCUACUUAGAAACUCUUUCCUUUCAAGAAAAAGAUUUAAUUAUUGAUCUUGAUCUAUCAUAUUUAAAUGAUAUUCACCUUUCUUAAAUUGAUACUUAGUUAAUAAGAUAAAAACUUAAAAUAAGACAAGUCUAUGCUCAACAUUUCUAAAAUAAUCAGAUGGAUGAUUCCUACUAGGAUUUUAAUCUUUUUAGCAAACAUUCAUGUGUUAUUUAUGCAUAAGUAGAAGAAAAUUAUAAUUUAUCUAUCAAGAAAGUAUCUUCUUCCUUUUUAUAAUUGUUUGGAAUCACUUAAUAAGAUGCCUAAGAUAAAAGGAUAGAGAUUUUAAUGCCUCCAAAUGCACAGUUGAUUAAUAAGCAUAGAUAAUAUAUUGUAAGCUAUUUUUAAAAUUAAAAUAACAAAAUAUGCUAUUUGAAAGAAAAAAAUCUAUUUGGCUACUAACAGAAAGGUUUUAUAUUUCCCAUUAAGGUUGAUGUCCGUCUCAAUUACAGUAACGGGCUGAGUCAGUUAGGACUUACGGCUUAUAUCUAGCGCAUUUAUGACGAAAAUGAUUAUAUUUUGUUCCAAUCUGAUUUUUUAAACGUGAUUGGUGCAACUUAAAAUAUUUUGAAGAACGUCUUCUUAAAAAAUAAUAUAGAAAUAUAGAAAUAAUCAGAUUUAGGUUAAUUCUUUCCAUUUUUAUACAAAUUAAUGCAAGAUAACAAAGCUAAACUCUUAGUAUAAUAAAAGGAAGUUUUAGAUAUCUAAGAUUCUGAUACUUAAAAUGUUAAUUCUUUGAAAGAAUUAUUAAUUCAAAACAGUAUUAAUUAAAAAUAUACUAAAAUCAUAGAUGAGCAUAAUUUUGAAAAGUUCAAACUACAAAAUGAAGAAUAUAUGCUUAUCAUUUAAAAUUUUCAAUCUUCUAAUCGAGUUAAAAAUUAAGUUAAACUUUAAAAUACAUCCUUUUUUUUAGUGGAAAUAAGUAUUAAUGAUUGCGAAUAUAAGGAUAUUGAUAACUUGCACUAUAUGAAAAUAUCUAAAAUUAAACCUAUUCAACCAGAAUUGAAUUUAUCUAUUAUUCUAAAGUAUCUUAAGGAGUAUUAAGAGUUUUAUUCUUUAGUUUUUACAAAACAGACUUUGGAAACUUUGUAGGCAGAAUUAGAAUCUAAACACUUAUAAGUUGGUUCUUUAGAUAUAAGCAAUUUUAAUUUUCACUCGAACAAGCAAAAUAAUUUUCAAAGCUAAUUUAAUUAAAUUCAAACUACUUAAAAAUUUUUGGUAGAAAAUAGAUUUUCAGAAAAUAAAAGCUAAGAUUUGGAUGAUUUGAAUUAAAACAAUACAUUAUCUCCAAGAAAAUCCUAAAAAUUUAGGAUUAAUAAAAUGAAUAAUCAAUCUUUUGAUAAAAUUUAAGAAGAAAACUCUUAACAACAAGCAACUCUAAGUGAAUAGUAAUGCCAAAUAUAUCCUUAAAAUAAAUAAAAUAAUGCUUAGAUACAAGUAGAUAUUCCUGACUAAGAUAAUACCUAUUAUCAUUCGCCAAGAGAUGCUUUUAGUUAAAAUUUUAGAAAUUAGUAAGAUGAUAUUUCAUAAUAGUAAAUAAGAGAUAUCUAAUAUGAAAAUGAAGAAAUAAAAUAUGCUAUUCCUUUAACUUCUAAUAGAAAAGAGACAAAUAGAGAACUUUUAAGUGAAGUUUAUUUCAAUAGUUAAUCGAAUAUAAACUCCUUAAAAUAAAUUUUUGAUGUAAAUCAAUAAUUUUAAAAUGUAAAACCAAGUACCUUAAAUAAUAAUGAUAUAAGUGAAAAAUAAUUGUAGCAGCUAAAAAGUACUUAAGAGAUUACCUCUUUAAAGGUGAUAGAAAAUCCUCAUUCAAUCACUUUGUAGCAGAGGUUUUAUCAAGAUUAAGAUAUCUUAUCUUAGAAUUUACAAAACAUAAAUGAAACUAAAUUAGCAACUCAAAAGUAUUCAUUGAAGAAAGAAAAAAAAAGAAAAAAAUUAAGGGAAGACCAAUUAGAAAACAAUUCAUCUUCUGUUUCAAGGGAAUCUACUUCCUCUACUAAAAAAAUAAUAAUUAAAACAAUUAAAUAAUAAACCAGCUUAUCUGCUAUUAAGGUUGUUAUCUUAUUCGGUUUUUUGACGUACUUAGCACUGAGUAUUAUUACAAUUUAACAAUAUUUUAAUUUCAUAGAUUCUGUUGAUUCUAUGAAUUAAAAUCAGAAUUCUCAAAAUUGGCCUUACGAAGUGUAAAAUGUAAUUAAUAGGUCUCUAAGAAAUUAUAAUAUUAUCCAUUCAGAAAGAUAGAAUAAUUUUAAUUUUGUUUCUAAGGAAGAUCAAAAUAGCUUUGAUGCUUAAUUAAUCAACUAAUUGCAAUAAAGUUAAAAAUAAUUUAUGUACUUAAUAUAAACUAUGGAUUUUAGUCUAAGUGGCAAAAUGCUUUACAAUAGAAUCAGCAAUUUUAAUUCUUCCUUUUAUAUAAACUAGAUUUACAAUUCAAGUAACCUUUCAAAUACUUCUUCAAAAAGAACAACUUAUAGUUUCGAAGAAAAAAACUCAUCCUUGCUAUACUCCAUAAUUUUCGUCAAUUAUAACAUUUAUUAAUAAUCAAUUAAUCCUACUGGAAAGCUUUAACAGAUUUGCAUUCUUCAAAACCUUUAAAAUAUCAUGUUAGGUAAUCAUAUUACUAAAAUAAAGUAAUGA